CCAAUGUCCCAAACUGUUGUUCACGAUAACUCGCUUCCACAGAACUGGGACAACCUGACAGUAUGGCAUCAAGAGACAAAAUAGUGUAUUCGAAAGCGGGGCGUAUAGCGAUGUGUCUGAUACACAAGAUGUUGUUGACAUCGAGUUGAGCAAGGCAACAAGACGUGCGCGACGAAGGUAAGUGCUUCGUUCGAGUCGUCAAAGCAACACUGACAACGAUCAAUGCUUCUGCCAUCAGGUACCAUCCAGUACACAACUCGUGGGUCUAAUUGAACUGCAAGGCUCCUCGUGAGCGAAGCAUCAGUAUUGCUAUGUGGGUGAUGGCCGCCAUAUCGGGUUUGAUGGUCGGUACGCAAUACUGCCCUGCUUAUGAUCUGCCGUUUGACAGCAAAGAAUUGAGAAUACAGAUCAUCAUGGUUGCAGUCGGUAUAUUCUUCGUCAUCGUACAAGAAUUGGCGUAUGUAUUGUACAACCGGAGGGCGUUAAGGAAGUGGAAAGAGGAGGGUGGCGAGAAACCAUGGCUGUACACACCCUGAGCAAGAGUGUUCAUCCAGGUGCGAUUUUGACAUGAGGAAUAAACU